AUGGCCGAGCACGCCAUGCUUAACCACCUCACUGACCACCUCGAGUCUAACGAAUGCUAUAUUCCCAACAUGAUUGAUUUUCGGUCGGGGCUCUCUACUCAGGACGCCAUGAAGCUGAUCAAGCACCAUAUCAUUCACUCCUCCUCCGCCGACACUAAGGCAAUUCUCGGCUUGGAUUUGCAAAAGGCUUUUCACAACAUAUCGCACACCUUUAUUCUCAAGAGCCCGACAGAGUUUUACUCUGUCAGGCUCUUGCGGGCGUACAAGCGGGCGCACCAUUUCGUACGCUUUUUUCAUUCCUCGCGGUCCGCUAGACUUAAAAUUGACGAGUUUGUGACCCACGACAUUCAGCUUGGACCAAAGAGAACACCUCAGGGGGCGGUGAUCUGCCCGACGCUGUUCAACAUCUCCAUGGCCAACCUGUCGAGGGUCUUGAACAAGAUUACGAACAUUAACCACACGAUCUACGCGGACGACACAACCAUCUGA